AACUGAAUCAAAGAAACAGAUUGAGGAUGAAAUUGCAAGACUUGAGAUUCAUCAGGAUGAUAUAAAACAGGCUUUAAAAUCAUUCAUAUAUGAUCCUAAUUCAUCAAAGGUACGAAUUGAUGGCAAACACAGCAAAUAUGGUUUAGUUUUUUUCCAGCAGUUUUUACAACAAUCACAAGAAUCAUUAUCAAUAAAAAAAUUAGAAUUGUGGUAUGGUAGCCAUCAUUCCUAUGUAGUAGAACCUCCACAUGAUGAACAACGACAGGAGUUCGAACGAUCGUUUAUCGAUAAUUUUAAACCGAUAAUCAAGUUACUGAAAUUAAAACAAAUUAACGAAAUAGAUGAGCUAUGUAUUAGUGUUGGUGAAAAUACAGUAACAGAUGAGCAUGCAGAAAUAAUUCAUCAAUUCAUAACAGACUUUAAUAUCAAGAGUCUAUCUUUAGACAGUUUAGAUCUACAAUUAGGUGAUAAAAAGCUUUUUAAUCCAGCACAAAAUAUUCAAACGUUACGAUGUGAGUCGUGUUUUCCGAAACAUUUAACCGAUUGUCCAUCAAUAAAAUGUCUAGAGUUGGAUUGGAUUGAGAGAACAUUAGAGGAUUGUCAAAUAUUAUCUAAACAAAUGAGAUAUUUAACGGAAUUAACUAUACGCGUUGGUUAUGAUGCUGACCGAUUAGAUGCGCUAUUAUCCGUAUUUCCACCAUCUAUUAAAAUCUUACGGUUGAAUAUAUCAUUAGAAGAAGCAGAAACAAAAGUCUUGGGUGACUUUUUAUCUAAAAAUAAAACAUUAUUAGAAUUAUAUUGUGUUGGGCGUAUAAUGACAACACAUCAAUGUUACAUAAAUUUAGCAUAUGGUUUAAGACACAAUUCAACGUUGAAAUCAUUGGAUUUAUCGAAGUGUUUUUAUUCAAGUCUUCCAGAAUCAAUUAAAAUAUGGGCUAAUGAUGGCCUGACAAAUAAUAACAGUUUAGAAAUAUUAAAUUUAAAUUAUAAUAAAAUGGACAUUGGUGAUAUAUGUUUAGCCUUACAAACCAAUACAUCAUUAAAGACGCUUUAUUUAAUAUGUAAUCAAUUAGAACUGAGUAGUAUACAAUCAAUGAUACAAAUGUUAAAUGUUAAUCAAAUAAUCCAAGAAAUAGAUUUAUUUUAUUAUGACUACGAGAAUAACUCUCCUGCUAUUAAUGAUGAUUCAAUUGAAUUGUUAGGUAAAUUGUUAACAAAGCAAAAAACGUUAAAGAGAUUAUCUAUACCACUUGUGUUCGAAAAAGAAUCAAGUAUAAAAGAAUUGGCAAAUGGUCUUCAAUCUAAUGAAGGUCUGACAUAUUUACGCUUGGGCUUUUUAAACGAAAGACGUGAUCGUCAAGAAUUAAUUCUAUUAGUGCAUGCAUUAGAACAUAAUCAUACAUUAAAACAAGUCAUUAUGGAAAGAUAUGAGAAGAUAAAUUGGGUUUUUUGGGAUCAAGACGAAUGCGGAAUAGUCCCCUAUCCGGAAGAUGAUGAUGAAACAAAGCAGCGAUAUCUGAUCCAGUCAAAUGAAUUGACAACUGCUUACGCACAAUUGAUUGGUAAAAAUCAAACAAUUGAUAAUUUAACUAUAUCAUCUUUGGUAACAGAUAUUGGUGCACAAGUAAUUGCUGAAAAUUUAACAAAAAACAAAACACUGACAUCUUUACGUGUUCAGCAUCAGCAACUAACGCAACAAGGUUGUGAAUAUCUACAACGAGCAUUAGAUAUGAAUACUCAAUUAACUGAACUAUUUAUUGUUAAUUUACCCAACGAAAUAAAACAAACAUUCGAUGAAAAAUCAAAUGGAAGAAAUCCUAUAGCUAAAUGCACUAUUUUUAGGUCAACAUACUAUUGGUAG